CGACCGCGGCUGCGCGUUUUCAGGUCAUAACAGGACCAGGAUGAUAACAUUACUUUGACUCAGUAAGCAGGGCCGUUACUCGUAUGAGAUUCAUGUCCUUGAAGCCUGAAUGAACUUAUGUGGCCGCAUGCGGCCUUUGCUUUACGUGUUUGCGCCCUCCUCAUAAUACAUGUGUGUGUCGCUAAGACACAGAUUCUCACGCCACAGCUGCUGCUUAAUUCAACUGCAUGCACUCAAAGCCAGCUAGAAGUUCCAGCCCUAGCAUGCGGCUUCAGCGCAAACAUCUCGCUCAAGGCAGGCUCGCUCCCAGCACAGCUGCCCGCGAAUACUCGGUGGACGUCAGCGGUUCAGCAGCUUGAGGCAACUUUAGGCUGCAAUGGCAGCUCGGCGCUUCAAGGCCCCGCCGGGUGCGGAACCGACCCCUCAACGCUGGCGGCAGCGGUGCCCGCCAGCCUGGACCUCCGCUCGCUGUCGGGUCUCUUCAGCGUGCCGCCCAACGGCACCCUAGAGAUCAGGGGGCUCAGCAUCGUGGGUGCCGCGCUGCCGUCGGCGCCCUUCCCGCUGCCGGCGUCGGGCUUUCUGGCGCUGUCGGCGUUCCGGCUGGGCGCGGGCGCGCGGCUGCGGCUGGUGGACAGCUUCCUCACAGUGCCCUCCUGCGCGCUGUUGUCGCUGCACCAGACGUACGCGUGCGGCGUGUCUCCCUCUCCCAACGUGACGGUGACGCCCAGCAGCCUGGUGGUGCACCGCCUGACGACGCCCAGCCUGGAUGCGACCAACGUGACGGUUCAGUGCUCGGGCGCCGCAGCUCCCUUCCCCUGCCUGGCGGCGUCUGUGCGCAGUGGCACGGAGCUGUUGGCGGCGGUGCGGUCCGCGCAGGAGAGCUCGGACGCGGCCACUGCAGCUUUUGGAAAAUUCACGGCAACGCUUUAUCUGCAGCUCUCGGGCCACAUUUUGCUGGCGGAGUCAGUCGCUCGCGACUGCCCGGACUGGAGCACACGGGUGCGUAUCAGAUACUUCAAAGCCUCAGCUGACCUGUUUGUCCCGCUCCUGGAGCCGUGUCCAAUAAUCACAAACAUGGCUAUCGUGCUUCAAGGCACCGAGGACGGGUCCACGGUUCUGGACCUCGCGGGGAGCACGUCUCUCUUUUCGCUUGAAAGCCGUGCUGUCGGCUUCUCAGGAUCUGUAGAGCUUCGGUGGCUGAGGCUGCGGAAUCCUCCGGCGGGCCCUCUGGGAACUCUGCCGUACAGCCUUAUGCGGCUGCCGCUGUGGACGUUUGAGUUCCGGCGGCGGGUCGUGGGGGUGGAACUGCCGGCGUACCUCCGCGUGUCGGACUGUGUGUUGGAGCUGCCGCCGGAGGAGAUCGCAAUGUGGCGGUAUCGCUCAUCACUUCCGUUGGUUCCUGAGCUGCAGCAGCACACGUGCCUCGUGGAUGAUAGCUUCUACAUGCUGGAGGCAAAGCUUCCGUCGGAACAGCCGCACCCAAAAGACAUUGUCUUAACCUACGGGUCCGGAUGGAGCGGCAGCUUCUUUUACCAGAGGUUGCUUCUGCAGACUGUAGUGCGCGACGGUAUAGCCACCGUGCCAGCAGCAGCAGUAACGGCAGUAGUACCAGGCGCGUUCCCGGGCGGACUCCCGCCUCAGCAGCACCAGGACCAGCAGGCAUUGGGCGGCGGGACCAUAGCUGCCGCGUCAGCGGCAGCUGCAGCCGCAGCGGGCACGCUGCUAUCGAGCUGGCCCUUUUUGUCAGCUGCGAAGCGUGCGCAGCUGCUUGCAGCCACCGCCUACAUUUGGGAGCCCAGCAUGUGCCUCUUGAUUGCGCCGGGCUCACCGAUGGGCAUCGCAGCGAGUCAGGUCCGGUCGGUGAUUGCAGCUGCCAUACAAGCCGCGGACGUGGACAGCAUGUCAGGCGGAGUGGAGCAGCGGGCGCAACAGGUGGCGUGCUUCCAGCAGGCAAACUCCACACAGAACUCAACAGCCGUUGCGCCUCCGGCGGGUGGCACGAACAGCACCAACAGUGUCGCUUUCAGCAUCAGCAGCGCCGACAGCAGUGCUCGCUUGCCAGCGGGCUGCAUGCUUUCGCAAGACGUCCGAGUGCUCGCACUCUCCGUUGAUGCCUACCUUGACUUUCGGAUCAACAUUGUUGACGCACUGGCGCCCAAGUACAACCCUCAAAGACAGGUGGCCAUGUACGCGCCCGCCAUGCUCAUGGGGGAGCCGCUGGGCGCGCGUGUGUUGGACCUGGCGGGCUUGAUGGCGGCGGUGCGGCUGAGCGGGCCCGGCGCCGCGUGCAUGACGCUGCGGCACCUGGUGCUGAUUGGCGCCCCGCCCGCCAGCGCUCCACCAGCCGUGUGGGUUGCCAGCCCGCGGCCCAAGGCAGCCCCGCCGCCGUCAGCCCCGGGGCCGCCACCGCCGUCUCCGCCCCUCGCCAGCAGCACCCCCGCCGCAACACUGCCAGCCGGAGUGUCACUCGCAGGGCCCGCAACACAAACAGCAGACCACAGGCGGCGGCGGCGGCGGCGGCUGGGAAGCAACCGAAGGCUUGCGCAACAGGCAUCAGUCGCGGCCACAUCACCGCCGCCACCGCAUCAGGCAGCAGGCGUCUUAGCAGGGAUGACUCAGGGUCUGGCGCCAGCGCUGACCAACUUCACGUCCUGCCUGUGGACGUUUGAGUUCAGCCGCUCGCCGGAGGCCCUGGCGGCGGACUUGGCGGGCGGCGCGGGCGGGCGGCCGGCGGGCCUGCCGCGUCUUUUCCUAGACUCGGUGGUGCUCGUGGUGCCAGAGGCGGAGCUGCAGCUACUGGGGCGUGUGUGGGCCGCAUCGGCUGACAUGCUGAGCGGCCGGCUGGCGUUCUCUGCAGACACGGACCCCGGUCUGGCUGCGGCGCUGCGUGCAAUGCUGGAGGGCUCGCAGCUAGGGGGCGGCAGCGGCAGCGGCUCUAGUGCAAACCAAGGCACUGUCUCUCUGUGGUUCCCAGUACUCAGCUGGUGCGGGUAUGUGGGCCUCAACGUGACGCUGACCUCGGCGCUGCCGGCUGCCGCGGCUGAUGAGUAUGGUCAGAGCACAGCUGCGGGCACCCUCAUCCCACCGGUGAUGCAGCUGCCCUGGGUGCGGAUGGCGGCACCUUCGCCCGCUACACCACCGGGACAGGCAAUCGGAGAUGACCCGUCAGCAGGUGGCGUGCCAACGGCAGGGAAUGUCCGGCUGCCGGCGGGGCCCCUUGGGUUUGAACCCGGGGCGUCUCCGCGUGGGGACCCGCCACCCGCAACGCGGCAGCUUCCGCACUCUGCGGCAACCGCGACGAGCCAAAGCCCCGCACACGGGCUUGCUAGCCCGCCAGAAAGCUCUCCUGGUGUGCUUAUCAGCAGCGACCAGGGCAGCACCAGCACCAGCAACGGCACGGGCGGGAGCAACGCAAGUGGCAGCGGGAUUCCCUUCAUGCGUUCUGUGCUCGUGCCCUGCUUGGUCUCUGGCGUCGUGGUGGGGCUGGCUGCUGCAGCGGUGACAUGGGAGUGCCGCCGGCGGCGUCGCCGUGAUCAACAGGCCCUGCCGCAGAAGCAGCUCGGGCCGGACAAGGGUGUGCAGAUCGAAUCCUCGCGCAAUGCGUGCGAUGGCGGUCAGCUGCCGAAUAGCAGCCUGGAGGCACCCAGCGGCUCCGAUGUCGUUCACGCCGCCGCUACCUUCCCAACCUCCGGUUCAGGCCGCAGCGGCGGGGGCGGGGUCGCGGUGUUGUUGGCUGUGGCACCCUCGGGCAAUCCACGAAGCAGUAAGCGGCACAAGCUGUGGAAACCGGACAUACAUAGCUCUGGCAAUGCAACGCCGAACAGUUCGCCGCGCGCUUCAUCACAAUCCUCCGGAGGCCUUCGUCGGGCGAUGUUGAACAUGCUGCACGCACUUGAACACAGCCGGCAGCAGCUGUCCCACGCAUCGCAAGCGCCGAUCGGCACAGGGGAGACGAAGGGACCAGCUGCGGGCUUGUCUGCAGCGACUGGUGGCACCGCUGCUUCCACGGAUGGCUUUGUGCCCACGCGACCUGGCACGGAUAAGUACGGCAGCUCUCAUCAGACACAGCAGCAUGAACACGAGUCACUGCCACUAGGCUGCCCCGAGCCGCCGCCUGUGCUGGCCAUCACCGGCGAGCUGGGCCGCGGCGCGCAGGGCGUGGUGUACCGCGGCGUGUGGCGCGGGCUGGACGUGGCGGUCAAGAGCGUGCUGUUCCACCUCGAGCCGGGCCCUGGCGGCGCGGCCCGGGACGUCCCUGUGCAGCGGGCGGUGCAGGAGGCGGCCAUUGCCGUGAGCAUGGCGCACCCCAACAUUGUGGCCACCUACACCUACCAGCUGCAGCCGCUGCAGGCACAGGCACCAAAUGCUCACAGCGAGCAAUGGGUCCGAACGGGAAACGAUUCAUAUCUAGGAACAACAGUCGACUGCACAGGCAGCGGCAGUGGAUCAUCAGCCACCCCCGGACAUGCUGCCGAGGCAGAGGUGUGGAAGCUGACGCUCAUUCAGGAGCUGUGUGACGCCAACAGCCUGCGGCACUGCCUGCAGUCCGGGCUGCUGCUGCUGGGGCGGCAGGCGGGCGCAGGCGCAGGCGUAGGCACAGGCAGCGACGCUGGACAGUCGACAGCUCUACAGCCGCCGCCGGCCCGGACUAUGUUGCUGCUUGCCUGCGACAUAGCGCGGGGCCUGGCGCACCUGCAUGAGCGCGGGGUGGUGCACGCGGACCUGUCCUCCAACAACGUGCUGCUGCAGAGCACUGCGGGUAGGCCGCCUAGGAUGUCAGCGCCAGGCGCAACGGGCGGCGGCCCGCCCGCCCCCAACAGUAGCGCAGUGGACACGGGGCUUUGCGUUGUGGCCAAGCUGUGUGACUUCGGUCUGAGCGGACGACUAGACGUGGAGGCGGACGCAACGCACCUUUCAGGGCCCGCCAGGCGCUCCUCUGCGUACUCUGCGCCGGAGCUGGUGGCGCACGGCCGCUCUGGCCCGGCAGGCGACGUGUACGCCUUCGCGGUAGUGCUGUGGGAGCUGGCGCUGGGCCUGCCGCUGCCUGUGGCCCUGGUGCGGCCUGAGAGCGCAGGCCUGCGUGCUUGGCAGUCGGAGCAGGCGCGCCUGUUGCCGCUUGGAGAUGACGACUUGAAUGCGUCAGGGACAGGGGGUCAGGCGUCGGAUGUUGCCCUGGCAUCCCUGGCGCUGCCUCCAGGUCUGUUGUGGUGGCCGCCCGGCACUCCGGCUGGGCUUGUGUCCCUAGUUGCGGAGUGCUUGAGGCCCGAGCCCCGGUCACGGCCGCCGGCAGCGGCAGUGCUACAGCGGCUGCAGGCACGGCUAUUGAGUCCGCAGGGUGUGGGGGAGGAGCGGCAGGGCAGUAGGCAUUGGAAGGGCAUCCUUGGGAUCAUGACCGCUCUCUUGGGGUUUGAGUAGUAGGGUGUACGUGCGGGCACAUCACUACUCUGUACUGUAUGCGGUUUACAGAUAGGUAUUGAUGGGCGGAUUUGAUGAGGUUGACUGAAUGACCCUGCAGAUUGCCAUAUUUUAUCAACAGCAAUGGAAGCGUUGCAACUUUACACACAUCCAGGCACGCAACUAGAUAACAUCUGCAGCAUUGGCCGUGCGCCAUAGAAGGCCCUGCGAGGUGCACCAUUCAUAAUUCAUUGUUUUCUGGCAUUACUGCACAUGUUUAAGCAGGACUGCUAUGGCAUUGUUGCUCUGGUUCACAUUGAGUUGAUGGGGAUGAUGGUUGGGAUGGGAGGAAAUGUUGAAGCAGAUAGUCAUUGUCAGGGGCAGGCCUCAAAAGCCCAUGCUUCCCAGGUGUUUUGAGCUGUACCGGGUCCGACGGCCGAGGGCACGCGGCCUGGCCACGCCGCCACUUAGUGGAUGUCACUGUUGCGGUUGGCACAUGAAAGUUGCGGGCGGCGUUUCAGGAAUAGCCUAUGCGCGCAAGGCUGCAGGGGCGCGUGUCAACGUGAGCCAUGCGGUGUAGCACGCGUUGGUAGCAGGGUGAUUCCGGUCAACCACUCAUUGGACUGCCCCUUGACUCUUCAGGGCCAUCGCUGUUGUUGCCUGACCUUGCGGAUUAUACGGCACGCUCUGUUGUAAUCUGAGGCCAAC